CAAUAGUUAUCUAUCGCCAUGGAUUAGAUCAUACCACAAAAGGAUAAAACAAGAACACUGUAGGGUAACACAGUUUUUGUCGCUUGAAUGAUGAACAGAAAGAGAGGACUAUGGAAAACCACUCUCAUUUUCAUACUUUCCAUUCUUUUUAUUUACAUGAUCAUCCCGAAAAAUGCCACCAAAUGUGUUACAACGGAAGAUGCCAAAAACGAACGAAAUGUUGCAAAAAUUAUAAAACAAUUUCAGGAGGGCAAAUCGAAUGAAAUCUCCGAAAUUAGUAAUAAGUCUGACGUCUUGCGAAACUUGCCGGAUCUAUUUCUAGGGUAUGACAAAUUAUUAUUCAAAGAUUUGGAGAAUAAUUUCAUUCCUAAUCAUGUUUAUUAUAUGUGGUGUUACAACCGUACAAUUGAGUUCAGGCAAUAUCUAUCUAUACUUGCAAUAUGGAAAACUAUGAGACCAGACUCUAUUACCCUCUUUACAAGAUAUAACAUUACUGACAGCAACGAACAUUAUAAUUUUUGGCUUACAGACCUAUUAGUAUCGAUUCCUAGUUUCAAGGUUCAGAAACUCCCACCGUCUUCAAAGGAUGACGUAGAAGGCUGUGGAAUCACUGUUGCGUUUGAUAUAUUAGAUCAUGAUGGCGGAAUAUACUUCUCAGAUGAUUUCUUUCCAUUAAAAUCUUUACGUUUUAUUCGUAAGAAUAAAUUUAAUGUUGCCAUGACGAAAAACAUGAAACAAUUAAGUUUUGUCUCUUCUUCUCGUCGAAAUGACAGACUCAAAUCAUUUAUCAAACUGUACAAAAACAACAUUAGCCAACCCUUAGUCACUGGUCUUCAUUUUUGUGACAUCCUUGAAAAUGUUAAUAAAUCCAUUUUGCAGAGUAAGCUUUGUGUACACGUCCAAAAUGUGUUACCUGCACAAAUAAUGCAUGCAGAUUCCGAGUUUGGAAGAUCAGCACGUCGGAUUUUAUAUGGUAAUUCAGAACAAAUAAAGGUGAAACCGUUACUCCCAGGAGUUAUACCAAAGAUUUUCCACAUGGUAUGGUUCGGACAUAAACCAAUGGACUUUACAAUGUAUUUGUGCUUGAGGAGUAUUUUGACAAUUGUUAAACCUGACAAGGUAUACAUUCAUGGCGAUGGACUAAUGUAUGGCGAGUAUUUACAAAAGAUAAAGAAGGACCCGAGAGUGGUUUACAUACACCGAGAAACACCAACCCAUGUUUUUGGACACCAGAUUUUGUACACGCAGCAUAGAAGUGAUAUAAUAAGAGCAGACGUUUUGCUAAAAUAUGGCGGGAUUUAUAGUGAUUGGGAUGUCCUAUGGUUGAAGCCAGUUGAUGAUUUAAUUUCAAAACAGCAUGACACAAUUUUAAACCUUGACCACAUGCCUCGACCAGGAUUUCCAGAUUCAAUUAAUUUAGGAGUUUUAAUGUCGAAACCUGGUUCACAUUAUAUCAAACAUUGGCAAGACUCGCUCGUAAACUAUAGAUCACGUGACUUUUUCUUCAACGCUAUAGAACUCCCUUACAAAACAUUUGAAAAAUACCCUGAAACUGUUUUCAUCGAACCCCAUUUACAGGUUAUGUGUUACUAUCUAAAAUGUCAUCCAACUUUUCACCCUCAGUUUAGAAAUUUCAAUGUUGAACAACCAUUUAACUGGACAAAAGAUGCAUAUUCAAUACAUUUUACAUACCCCGAUCCUCCGGAAUAUGCCAAUGAGACUGCAUUAAGGCAUGGUAACGGAAUGUUUGCUGAUAUAGGCAAUUUUAUACUAGAACAGCCAUUUGCGUAUGACUAAAGAAAUCAGUAUGUUUUUAACGUUAACUUGAGUUCUUUUUUUUACGGAUACCUAGAAAUGUUUUAUAGUCGAGCAAAACUGAAAAUGAUGGGAAAUAAAAAAAAAAUGAAAAAAUGGAAAGCAAAAAGAAACACAGAAAGAAGUUAAAUCAAUAGUAAUGUUGACAUUGUAUAUGGUAUGCAAACAAAAUCAACAAGUGUUGUAGAAAACACGGAUUCUUUUAAAUUUUUACAUAUCUUUCUGUUUGCGUGCCAUUUUUGUGAUGCAUAAUGUAUGGUUUAUUUAUUGAUAUGUCGUUACCCUGAGACACAUUAACGUGACGCUGCGGCUGCCAUCUAGUAUACUAAUUUGCAGAUUACAUCACUUUAAAAAUGAAUCGAAGCUAGUGGUAUUCUAAAUUACUGGGAAUAAAGUGAUAAGGACACGCGAUGUAUAUGUCCAUUGUACUGCAGACUAGAUUUAUCAGAUUGAACUAUGUCACAGAACAAUGUAGAGUGAUAGGAAUUCAAGGGCUUUUGAAAAAAUAUGUGAUAAAAUGAACUAAAUAUGACUGCAACAUUUUUUUCUUUUAAGAGUAUCAAUAUAAAAAUCAGGAGAUGUGAUAUAUGAUUUUCAUUGUUCAUAUGAUGAAAAUAUAAGCAGUGACACCCUUUAUAUUACAGCCUUUAUAUUAACAACGAGAAAACCCCAUACCGUAUAUAGUCAUCUAUAAAACGCCCCGACAUGAAAAAUGUGAAACAAUUCAAACGACAAAAUUUACUUCCUAAUUCAAAACAAUACAAUGUUUUACUUAUUUUUGUGUUUUAGAUGUUUGAAUAAACUAACUAUUUCCA